AUGGGAGACAUGGAAUUUGCUAAGGUCCACAACUCUGCCAUUUUUCUCGAAGACCCUAAUGCAGCUCACAAUGACUUAAAGUUCAUUGUUGAUGGUUUGAAGAUGUCUUGCCUGGUCCAUGCUUUAGCCACAUGUCCUAUAAUUUAUCAGAAUCUGAUCAAGGAUUUCUGGAGGAGCGCAGUUGUGAAAAAGAAUAAUCAUGGUGAAAAGUUCAUUGAAUCGAAAAUUGAAGAAAAGAAAGUUCAAGUGUUAGAGAGCAUGAUUCGGGAAUCUCUCCAAAUAGACGACAUAUCUGAGUACACUAUGGAGAUUGACAUUCAUCAAACCGAGGAUGUCUUAGAACACAUGGGGAGAUCAGGUGCAAAUGAAAUCUCCCUGGUUAACACAGGAGCAAUCGCAGCCUUGGCUGUAGGAUUUGAUUUCAACUUCUCCAAGUUCAUAAUGCAUGAGCUGAUUCUAAACCUUGAAGUCAGCAAGGGGGAUAAAUUCUUGAUGUACCCAAGAUUUUUUCAAAUCAUCUUCAAUGUGAUGCAUCCUGAGCUGCGGAGAGGCAAUGAAACCUUGGAUCUCAAAUCCGUUGGUUCAAGUGCUUUUGGGCUAAUGAAACAAAAGAGAGGAGAGCGGUCCAUCCCUAUGGAAUCUGAAGACAUUGUUCAUUCAACUUCCGAGCUAGAAAUUGAGGAGGUUCAUGAUUCUCCUUCAGUCGUUGUGGCUGAGGAACAUGAUCAUCAGAAAGAAAAUGAAACAUUAUCUGCUCAAGAGGAUGAUGAUGAUGAUGAUGAUCGUUAUGAUGAUGUAGAGUUUUUUAAGGAAAUUGAUUUUACAAGGAUUAGUGAUCACAUCCCGACAAAUAUAGAAUUUGAUCUUGAUGAUGAAGAAUUCGGUCCUUUUCUUGGAAUCGCCAGCAGAUGUCCUAAUAAAGUCAAUGAAGUUGCUUCUUCAGCAACCAAGACUAGAGAAGAAGGAAACGUUGUCAAAAUUUUGCUCUCUACAUCAAAACCCCUGGAGGUUGCAUCAAGCCAAGGAGAUGUGAGAUUAGAGAUUCCUCCCUUUGUGUCAUCCAUCUCAACAUCUGCUCCAAUUGCUUCUAACUAA